AUGACAAAAGCACAGGAUGCUAUAAUUCUAUUAUUAGUUUUUUUAAAUAUUAUAUAUGUGAAAUUUAUAAUAGCCGAUUUACCUAUUCAUGCAGAAAUAAGGCACUUGAUUGGAAAAUGGAGAAUUUUAAAGACAAACACAUCUUCUACAAUAUCGACUUGUGGUUCAAGUCAACCAAAUAGUAAUUUAGAUAAUAUAAAAAUAAAAGAUUAUAAAAGUCAUUUGCUUAAUAUCAAUUAUGAAUUCGUGUCAGAAUUAAAUGUAAUUUUGUCGGAUAAUUUUGUUUUAUAUGGAGAUAUUUACGACACAACAAAUAAUGAGCAUAGAAAAAAUUGGAAAAUUUUAGUAGUAUAUGAUGAAAAUAAUAAAAUUAUUGGUACCUGGACAACAAUAUAUGAUGAAGGAUUUGAGAUAAGAAUAGGUAAUGAAACAUAUACAGCAUUAAUGCAUUAUGAACCUAGUGGAAAAUGUGAUGAACUUUCAAAUAAUGACUCCUUAGACUCUAAUGGUGAAACAAAUUGUUAUAUUACUAAUUAUGAUAAAAUAAGAUUUGGAUGGCUAGAUAUAUUACAUGAAAAUAAUGAACGAUCAUUUGGAUGUUUCUAUGCUGAAAAAGUCUCUUAUAAUGGUGAAAAACUAAAUAGCAACAAAUCAGAGCAUUCUGAUGAAAAUAUUACGAGUGAUAAUUUAGAAAGAUAUAAUAAUUUUCUUGAGAAUAAUAAUGAAUAUAAUGAAAUAUAUUCACAUAGAUUUUUAUUUAACGAUGAAAAUGAAUUAAAAAAAGAAGAUGAUUACGAUGAAGAGAAAGAAAAUCAUCAAAAUCCUACAUUUUCUAAAAAAAAAAAUAUCAAUUAUGAUGAAAAUACUGAAUUAAAUUGGCAUAGAGUUAAGCAUCAUGGAAAAAAAAAAAAAAUAAAUAAAUCUUUGAGUGUUCAUUUAAAACAAAAAUAUGCGUGUCCUUGUAGUUCACAUGAACAAGUACACAAUAAGAAGAAUAAGGGAAAAUCUUUUAAUGUUGUCUCUCAUUCUCUUGUUGAGAUAGAAUAUAAAGAAAAUUUAUAUGUUAGUAAUUUGUUAGAAACAAAUGAAACAAGCAAUGAACUUGAUUUAAAAAAUUAUGAAAAUACAAUAUACGUUCCAAAAAGAGAAUUAGAAAUAAAUGAAUUACCUUCUGCCUUUACAUGGGGGGAUCCUUACAAUAAUAAUACAAGAGAAUAUAAUGUUUUAAAUCAAUUAAAGUGUGGCUCUUGUUAUAUUGCUUCUCUAUUGUAUGUUUUUAAAAGGAGAAUUGAAAUAAACUUGACAAAACAAUUCGAGAAGGAAUAUUUGAAUGACUUUGAUGAUAAUUUAUCUAUACAAUCAGUUUUAUCUUGUUCCUUUUAUGAUCAAGGUUGUCAUGGUGGAUAUCCUUUUUUAGUUUCCAAAAUAGCUAAAUUACAAGGAAUUCCUCUUGAUAAAUUUUUGCCAUAUACUGCUAAAGAUCAAACUUGCCCUUAUAAUGUAAAAAAAAGUUACCUUGAUUUAAAUAAAACUAAUAAUGGGUCAGGGAAACUUAAAGAAAUAAAAUCAUUAUUUAAUAAAAAUAGAUAUACCCAUAUGAAUGAAACAUAUGACGACAAUCUCAUAAAUUUGGAUUCUAACAAAUGGUAUGCAAAAGAUUAUAAUUAUGUUGGUGGUUGCUAUGGAUGUAAUCAAUGUAAUGGAGAAAAAAUUAUGAUGAAUGAAAUAUAUAAAAAUGGUCCAAUAGUAGCAUCUUUUGAAGCAACACCAGAUUUUUAUAAUUAUGAGGAUGGAAUAUAUUAUGUAAAUGAGUAUCCUCAUGCAAAAAGAUGUUCAGUAGAUGCAAAGAAUUUGAAUGUUUUUAAUAUAACUGGAUGGGAGAAGGUUAAUCAUGCUAUUGUUAUUGUUGGAUGGGGAGAGGAAGUUAUAGAUGGAAAAAAAUACAAAUACUGGACCGCUAGAAAUAGUUGGGGUAAAAAUUGGGGUAAAGAUGGUUACUUUAAAGUUAUAAGAGGUGUUAAUUUUAAUGGUAUUGAAAGUCAGACUCUUUAUAUUGAACCUGAUUUUACACGAGGUGCUGGUGCGAUAAUUUUAGAGAAAAUGAAAAAAGAAUUGAAAUAA